UUAUAGAUCAUAAAGUUUCAGGUUUUAAAAUUAGUGUUUUAUCAGCAUUAUCUAUCCCUGUCCCGGAUUCAAUCUCACAAUCAGGAUACAUUUUCGUUGUUUUUUUCCCAUACACGCUCUGUGUGACAGUGAGGGUUUCCUCUGGGUUCUCUAGUUUUCUCCCACCAGCCAAAAUAAUGAUAUAUUGUGUGUAUGGUCCAUUCAGGGUCUGUCCAUAUCUUAUGCCUAAGCGGACAGGCUUCUUGUACACAAGCAUGAACAGGACAAAUAGGUUAUUGAAGAAGAAUGAAAGAAUUAUCCACCCCUGUGUCCAUAUAAAACUGAUAAACAAUAGUGUGUGAUUAAUUGUUGAAAUGUUUUAGACGUUAUGAUACAAUAAGAUAAGGUACUUCUAUUCUAUCUGUAUGUUUACUUGAAGAAAUGUACAAUUUAUGUGAAAUUGAGGUGUUUAUGUUGCUUUUAUUCUGACGCAAAGUACUUCAAGUUGUGCUUUAAACAAGCAGCAAGUCGCUUAUGAUAUGACGCGCAGUUCCUGCGACGCGCUUUAGCCUCAAACAAGAUGGCGGCUCACACGGGGGAGAAGCGUGGUCUCGAACACUUAGACGAAUAUGAACCAAAAACAGCAAAACAGCCACGAAAUAUGCACGACAAAAUGAUAGAGGCGCGACUUGUUGUUGUUUUGGAAGGAGCGACGCUGGAGACUGUGAAGGUUGGGAAGACAUUUGAGUUGCUGAACUGCGACCAACACAAGAAUAUUAUAAUAAAGAGUGGAAGGGACCCCGGCAACGUUCGGCCAGAUAUCACUCAUCAGAGCCUGCUUAUGUUGAUGGACAGCCCACUGAACAGAGCUGGACUGCUGCAGGUGUACAUUCAUACAGAGAAGAAUGCUCUGAUUGAGAUUAAUCCUCAGACACGAAUUCCCCGGACCUUUCCUCGCUUUUGUGGACUCAUGGUGCAGCUCCUGCAUAAGCUGAGUGUGAGAGCAGCUGAUGGGCCACAGCGCUUGCUGAGGAUGAUUAAAAACCCUGUUUCAGACCACCUGCCUGCUGGAUGCCCACGCUACGCUAUGUCCUUCAAAGCAGGAGAUUCUGUCUGCCCUAGAACCCUCGUCCCUAAGGAUGGUCCUGCUGUGGUGGUUAUUGGAGCAUUUGCGCACGGAGCGGUAAAUGUGGACUAUACAGAGAAGACGGUUUCCAUCAGUAAUUAUCCGCUGUCUGCAGCUCUCACAUGCUCAAAAAUAUGCUCUGCGUUUGAAGAGGUCUGGGGGGUGUUGUGACUAAAAACACACAGGUGCUGGACUUUGGGUCAAUCUAAGCAUUCAUCUGUGUGUGAACAGAUACAGCUCAAAACCUUUCAAAUGUAAUGUUUUCAGGAUUUUAAAAAAUAUAUAUAUUUUCUUUGUACCAAUAACAGAAUUUUUUUGUGACUAAAAUGUGACCGUUGUUAAGGCUUUGUGUAUAAAAUGGCUUAAAAUAGAAACACAAGUAACAGAUUAGUUGUAGGAGAUCAGGACAUUUUUACUCUGUGAGGCAGAGAUUGGAACAAAUGUACAGUUAUGUGAAUUACAGAUGUUUUUCCUGACAUUAAAAGAUUGUAGUUCACGAUAAGAA